AUGCAUUUACACCACAAUUCAAAGAAAAGUGGGAAACAUGUCGACUCACUGAAGGCCCAAUUUUCAGAGACUCAUUCGGCAAUGCCUCUCUCGGAUAUUCCUUCCCUACCGACUCCCAGGGUGAAAUCGCCUAUUUACGAACAUCAUGUCCAAGAACAGUUGAAUCAUCAUUUAUAUGAACAAUUAUCAUCUCCAGUCAAAUCAAACUACUCGGCAAGUGCAAGUGUAAGUCAAGUAUACUCUACCCGUUCAAGUCCUUCUAGGCAGCAAUUACAAACUCAUCCAAUCCAACUUACCAAGUCUAAUACAUCAACAACUGCAUAUGCACCGACUCCUUCAACUUCAUCUGAGUCAUCUCUAUCACUAGGUAACUAUCCAGGACAGAACACCAAUUCAUCUAAAUCUCAAGUUACUCCAACUAAUCCAAAGUUCAAUGAAGACCAACUUUUGAGUGUUUACAACACCCCCCUUGAGCGUCCGAAUAGUACGAGAACACCAUCAAGUGAUAGCGCUACAAGCCAUACAUCCAUCCAUCAGCAGCAGCACUACCAGCAACAACUUCGUCAUCAACACCAUCAACUUCAGCAGGAGCAGCAACAUCAACUUCAGCAACAACAACAAUAUUUUAAUCAAAAUCAACAAUCUCUCAGUUCUCAGGCAAUAACACAGCAACGAAUUCCAUCUUAUAACUUUCAGCAUCAACAUACUCAGCUUUCAAGCCCGGCUUAUGAAAGAAUGAAUACUCGGACGCCUCAAGCAGCCAUAUUCAACCAGCAACAAGCCGCACCUCAAGCCAAAUAUCAGCAGCAGCAGAUUCAGCAAAAACAGCAUAAUUAUACUGAAAUUGUCUCUAAUACACCACAGGUACCGUUGCCCCAACAGGCACAACAACAACCGACAUUACUGCAAAAGCGGAAUAUUAGAGGUAAACUACCUCCAAUAAAUACGCAGCCAACUAUGGAUUAUGAUGAUGAUUUCAAUGACAGUCCAUUAACAAUGAGAAAGGGUCCCUCUUCUUUAGCUAGUGAUCUUCCAAACCCACAUGCUUUAUGUGAGCAAAAUGAUCAAUCGAAAACCUCCACUGCAAUUACAGCCACAACACCAUCGAUAUAUAGACCGCAGACAGAACUUUUACCAGGUAAAGCAUUUGGUAUAAAACAAAGAUCGGGUUCCGAGUACAGUAACAGCAGCAGGCAAAAAUCACAAAUUGAAUCUGCAAAACGAUCACCAUCACUACCAGUGACGAGAGAAGGUUUCUCAUCAAACGUCACACCACUUUCCUACCAAUCUCAACAUAAUGAGGUUCCUAAAUCCCCAUCUCAAGACAAUGUCAAUCCUUCAUCCUCCAUUCGAAAGAGCCCAAUUAUUAGACAAUCAAUAAACUUCUUAAAGAAUGCAAGAAAUUUUUCCUCUUCCUCGAUAAACCAAAUGGAUUCACCAACGAUUACUGGACACAGUUCUGCUAGAGAAAUGGAAAAAUACCAUUUUCCAUCCAAACAAGCAACGUCCAAUGGUAGGACCAUUCCUCAGAAAGUUGAUUACAAUGCUAAUAGUGUAAGAAAAUCCAGAUCAUUUAGCACUCUGACCAGAAGAGUUACAUCAAACUCCUCACUUAGACAGAGUGCUGAUAAGGGUAAAAUUGCCUCAGCCACCUCCUUAGCUAGCUCGGCAUUAGUUUCUUCUGUUUCUGUGAAGAAACGGUACAUUUAUCCCGCAUUGCUUUCUGAAGUCGCAGAUGCCUUUCUACAUGAGAUUAAGCUAAGUUGUCAUUUUAAGUAUGGUAUUGAAUACAGAAAUUCUUUUUCUGGUGCAGAGGCAGUCGAUAUUCUCUGCAAAGUUACUAGAACAAGAGAUAGAAAUUUAGGUAUAAUUAUUGGUAGGUCUUUGGAUGCUCAACGUUUAUUCCAUGAUGUUACAUAUGAACAUAGAUUAAGAGAUAAUAAAAAUGAGAUAUAUUUAAUCAAUGAUGAAUUCUUAUAUGAUCAAUCAAGUGAUAAUUUUAGAAGACAAAAUUCUAUUGCUAGUAAUAUGACCCAAAAUGAUGAGUACUCUGUUAGCACUUAUAAUAAUACUAAAAAUGAAAAGCCACCACCUGAAAAGCAAAUAUGUGGUGUCUUCACUCUACUCACUGAAUGCUAUUCACCAACUUGUACCGUGGAAAAAUUAUGUUACAGUGUGUCAUGUCCUAGAAGAUUUGAACAAAAAAUGAGACAGGAAGCUCAAUUGAAAAGUUUAGUUCGUUCUGAUUCACAUAGUCUUUUCACUCAAGAUGACCAGAAACAAUAUUGGCAACUCUCGGUUCCUAAGUCGCUACUAAAUUCUCUUGACAAAAGAGAAAUUAAAAGACAAGAAUGUAUUUUUGAAACGAUAAACUCCGAGAAGACGUUUAUCAAGGAUCUAGAAUAUAUUCGAGAGUUUUGGAUCAGACCCUUGUCUGAAACAAAAAUCAUCAAGGAUAAGGAGAGAGAUCAUUUUAUUAGAAAUGUUUUCCAUAAUAUCAAUGAGAUUUGGGAAGUUAAUCAUAAAUUUGCAGAGGCUUUAAUUCGAAGGCAACAAAAGAAUCCUUAUGUUGAAACAAUCGCUGAUAUUUUCCUUGAAUACAUCCCUCAAUUCACACCUUUUUUGACCUAUGGUGCAGGUCAAGUUAUUGGUAAGUACGAAUUUGAUAGACAAAGAAGACACAAUCCAUUGUUUAGAAGAUUCAUCGAAGAUACUGCCAAAAGAGAGGAGUCUAAAAGGUUAGAUUUAUCUUCUUUCUUAUCAAAACCCACCACUAGGCCUGCAAGAUACCCGCUAUUGUUGAAGAGUAUUAAAGAUCAUACUGAUCCAGAAUCUCCUGAUUACAAGAGGUUGGGUUCUGCUAUCGAAUUGUUAGAAAAAAUGUUAACUAAGAUUAACUACGAAACUGGUAAACAAUCUGAUAAGAUGAACUUAUUUCAAAUAAAGCAGAAACUAAUAUUCAAACCAGGUGAGCUGGUUGACCUGAAAUUGAGUGCAGAUAACAGAAAAGUCAUUUAUCAGUGUGUUCUAAAGAAAAAAGGUUAUCAAGAAAAAGAAAAACAAGGGGAAAUUCAUGUUUAUUUAUUUGACCACUGCUUGUUGUUUGUAAAAAUUGGGUAUGUGAAUAAAAGAGAAGUUUAUAGAGUUUACCAGAGGCCAAUUCCUUUGCCUUUAUUAUUCUUUUCGACCACUGAAACUGCACCCACAAUGAGAGCUAUCAGAAAACUAGCUAGUAAAACCGGCUCUGCACCGUCGCAUAUUGGUCCAAGUUUAAACUCUACAAUGGUUCCGUUAAAUUCUACUGUUUGCAAAUCCCCGCUUUCGUUCAAGUAUCUAGGUACUCAUGAGUAUGAGUUGACUCUAUAUGGUACACCGGCAACUCAAAAGAUUUUAUCAAGCAAGAUUGAGGCACAAACGAACAAAAUUCUUGCUGACAACGACGUUUACACUUUAACACCUUUAUGCUCUAACUUUUUUGACUCUCAAAAUAGAAUUAAUUGUGUCGUCCCGUUUGAUGGAGGCAGGAAACUACUUUACGGGACUGAUUCGGGUGUUUACGUCAGCGACAGAUCUUCUUCAAACAAUACAAGGGUGAAAGUCAUUGGUAAAGUCAAUGUUAUCCAAGCGGAAAUCAUUCAAGAGUAUCAGCUUUUCAUCGCUCUUUGUGAUAAGAAACUUAUCUAUUGGCCGCUUUCUACUCUACAGGAUGGUGAUCCUAACAAAAACGCGAAGCUAGGCAAAGAAUUAAUGAACCAUGUUUCAUUUUUUAAAACAGGUGUUUGUGAUGGUAGAAUGUUAGUAUGUGCUGCCAAAUCGACAUCUAAUAUUGUUAGGAUUUUUGAGCCAGUAGAUCCUAUACAACAAAAGAAACAAAAAAAGAAAUUCAAUAACAACAAGGAGGAUAUCCAUUUCUCCUCUGAACCUGUUUCUAUUAAUUUUUUGAAGACAAAGUUAUGCGUUGGAUGCUCCUCUGGAUUUCAAAUAGUCUCGCUUGUUAAUAAUUCUAUGGAGGAACUACUUGACCCUGCAGAUACUUCCUUGGAAUUUGCAACUGGUAAAGAAGGUUUGAAGCCUUUAAAUAUUGAUCGAAUCAACAGUGAUUUCUUGCUCUCGUAUUCCAGUUUUUCUUUUUUCAUUAACCAUAAUGGAUGGAGAGUCAGGCCUAAAUGGAUGAUUGAGUGGGAAGGUGUACCUCAUGCCUUUGCCUUAUGGUAUCCAUACUUGUUAGCCUUUGAUUCAAAUUUUAUUGAAAUCAGAAGCGUUCAGAAUGGAGAUUUGCUUCGAGUCAUUGUUGGUGAAAAUAUAAGGUUUUUACAUGCGUCUUCGCAAGAGAUUAUGUACGCUUUUGUUGAUGACAGAGGUUACGAUGUUGUUGCAUCUCUUGAUUUUUGGGAUAAAAGCAUGAAAAACAGCAGAAGCAGAGGUAAUACAGUGAGCGGAAAUUCUCAAGUUGAACAGCUUUCAGCCUAA